UGACCUUGUGUUUGUGUGCGCUCAUUACGUAAGGGCUUCCUAGAAAAUCCAAGAAAAUUUCGUUAACGAACAUAGGAAGCUCGAAGCCGAGAGAGACGAGGAGGAGGAGGAGGAGACACUCAGGCUUUUCUCGCGCAUCGGCAUCUCUGUUGCCAAUUGCCCUCUGAUUCAAAUGAUCAAUGGAGAGGACACUCACGACGAAUCCGCCGGGGUUCCUUCCCUGGAUCUGCUUGAUCAAUUCCCGCACAAGGACGGUUCCGACGAUGCUUCCCCGGCUUCAUCUGCACGUUUCUCGUCCUGUGGCGAAUCCGAAUUUGAGCGCUACUGCAGUGCGAAUUCGUUGAUGGGAACUCCGAGUAUGUGUAGCUCGACGGGUCCGUUUCUCGAUUCUCUAGAAUCCGAAUUCGGGUCUUUCAAGGCCGGUUUUGCAUCUGGGGAUGCUACGGAGUUCGAAAAUUUUAGUUUGGGACCAAGCUCAAAGCUCUAUGAUUUGGAGAUAGGACGAUCAAGUGAUCGAAGGACCAGGUUCUCCGUUGAGGAUACUGUAAAGGGCUGUGAUAAUCAGAUAAUCGGUAUACCGAGUGGAACAAGAACUGGGAAUGAAGAAACCAUCAUCAAGCGAGAAGAUGUAAAUGAUAAAGGUACGCUUGAAAGAGAUUCCGUGGAUCAUUUUGUGGGCGAGGGAUCUGAGGAGUGUUUAUGCGGAUCAGAUUCACGAGUAGGUGGACAGGAUGGAGGAAGAGAAGACGAGCAUUCUGGUAGUGACGAUGAUUCGAUUUGUGAUUCAGAUGGUGGUUCUGGGAAAAUUUCUUAUCCUCCAUGGAAUUUACAGCAUAAACAGACGCAGAAAGCUGAGGAUAAUAAUUUGUUCCUCAUCAAUUCAUCCACUGCCUUUGGUACAAAUGACUGGGAUGACUUUGAGCUUGAAGCCAUGGAAGCUGCUGAAGAUCCCCUCGAAUUCUGCAGCUUUCAGACUCUGGAUAAGAAGAGUAAUGAAAGUAAAGGACCAUCAUCAAAAUCCUUUUCUGCCGCCUUACCAACUAUCCCUGCUAUAAGUCAACCGGGGAGAAGCCAAGAUCAAGCAGACAUACCUGUGAACACUGAAUGUGCUCAAGAUGCAGAUGACAUGAAAGGAAGUAUUGAAGAUACAUUAGCGCCUACAGCAAGUGGAUCACUAGUAUCUACUGUUUUCAAUCAAAGGGAGCAAAGUGGAGAGCCAAGAGACGGCUUAAUAUUGGCUCAGUCACUUACAACAGGUGGAUCACUAGUAGACAGUUAUAACGAAACUCGAGAAACCUCUGUUGUCAUGAACUAUCUUCGAUCUAACGAUGCUGAUGAUGUCCUAGUGAUAAUACCAAAUGAGUUAGCAGACAAAGAUUCUGUCAUUCAGGAACCUUUUGGUACUCAAGAUGUGGUGGCUUUUCCCGCUCACAAUUCAGAUGCUUCAGGUGUUCAUUGGCACUUAGAUCCUAAUGUUUCUUCCGGACUUCUUCAUCAGUCGCAUGCUUAUGGUAAAAUGCCAAAUUCAUCUACAUACGGAGAUUACCCCUCAAAAUCAUCUUCGGCAUCUGGGAACCACCUUAAGCCUUUAUCCAAUGAUUCUCAUCCUGUAGCAAAUGCCUUUGAAGUUGCUCAUCCGCAGCCCAAGAAGGAGAACACAGAGCUUAAUGACUUCUAUGAUGAUUUUGUUCAUGAUAUGGAAGAAAUACUGCUCGACUCUGGUGAAUCUUCUGGAGCAAUGUUCUCUAAGAGUGACAAGAUGUUCCAAUUACAGCUUUCUCUACCUGAGAGAGAUGGGGGACAAACUGCUACCACGUCUGGUGGAGAUGAUUCAUCUCCAAUAAUUUUCCAGCGACUUAGGAUUAAUGGUGUUGAAGUCAUUGGGGCAAAGCAGAAAAAGGGAGAUGUUUCACUCAGUGAGAGAUUGGUUGGAGUGAGGGAGUACACAGUGUACAUAAUAAGAGUUUGGAGUGGGAAGGAUAAGUGGGAAGUUGAAAGAAGAUACCGUGAUUUCUAUACCCUCUACCGCCGGUUGGCAUCAUUAUUCGCUGAUCAAGGCUGGACUCUUCCUCCCCCUUGGGCUUCUGUGGAAAGAGAAUCCAGGAAAAUAUUCGGAACAUCUCCCCAUGUUAUUGCUGAAAGGAGUGUCCUUAUUCAAGAUUGUUUAAAUUCAGCUCUCCAGUACAGACGUUUUCCCACUCCCCCGAAUGUAUUGCUUCGUUUUUUGUCCCUUCAAGACACGUUUGCUAGUCCGUCUGGACCAGAUUCUGUGGUGUCUCCAUCAGGCUCUGCUGGUAUCAACGGCUUUGCAGGGACCAGUUCAACAUUUGGAAAUACUAUCUCACUCAUGGUUGAAAUUCGGUCUCAGAAAUCAGUAAAGCAGUUGUUGGAAUCUCAGCAUCACAUUUGUGCUGGAUGCCACAGAUACUUCGAUGAUGGAGCCACUCUUGUGCGGGACUUUGUGAAGGCUCUUGGAUGGGGUAAGCCUCGGCUUUGCGAAUAUACUGGUCAGUUGUUUUGCUCUUCCUGCCAUACCAAUGAGACAGCCGUCCUGCCAGCAAAAGUGUUACAUCAUUGGGAUUUUGGUCUAUAUCCGGUUUCUCAGUUGGCUAAAUCAUAUCUAGACUCCAUACAUGAGCAGCCCAUGCUCUGUGUCAGCGCAGUCAAUCCGUUUCUGUUCUCAAAGGUCCCAGCACUCAAUCAAGUUAUGACUAUCCGGAAAAGAAUAACGGUUAUGCUUCCAUAUGUUCGAUGCCCGUUCCGCAAGACACUCAAUAGAGGGCUCGGUUCUCGGAGAUAUCUGCUUGAGAGCACCGAUUUUUUUGCACUAAAAGAUCUAAUCGAUCUUUCCAAAGGGGCAUUUGCAGCUCUUCCCAUGAUGGUGGAAAUCGUUUCGAGGAAAAUCCGGGAGCAUAUUACAGAACAGUGCCUUGUUUGUUGCGAUGUAGGGGUUCCCUGCAACGCUCGACGAGCUUGUGAUGACACUUCUUCUCUGAUAUUUCCAUUUCAGACCCUAAAUCUGUAUGAAAAGAACAGCAGGACGAAGAGGUUAAGAAAUGCCCUUUGUGUGGCUCGGUUUUCCACGAGAAGUGCUUCACGAGGCUCUCGACCUGCCAUUGCGGAGCUCCAUUGGCGAGUAGCCAUAGCUCGGAGGAGAAGAGCUCGGAUUCGGAUUCUGCUUCUCUUCUUCCCAUGCGAUACCUCUCAGGCUUGUUUUCAAAGACGAAGAAAGAUAAGGAAACCGUCAUUCGAAUGGCCUCUUUGCCGAGCAAUGAUCUCUAGUAGACAAUUCAUUUGUUUUGUAUGGCAAUAAAUGAUUUUCCUUUUGUGCUUUCUGAUAUCUGUAACCAUUUACCCAAUUGGUAAAAGUUUUCUGUGUGUAAUUCAUGUAUGCAAUGCAACUUUGAAUACAAAUGUAAUUUUGAUUUUGACCGCCAA